UCAAGAGAUGAUUGACCUGUUACCGAGAGUACUGGUGGAACUAAGGGACCUAGACUCAAGUAAACAAGAUAUUCUGCUACGAUUUUGCCACUUGGUGGAAGCUGGUAAGUUUCCUCUUGAUAAUAUUUGCUUCCAUCUAUGGUGUGAAGUGGUUGACUGGUACAACCUAGAUACAAGCAGCACCGGAAUGAGGUAUUCUCCAGUCACCAAAACCUUUUGGAAGAUUGGGUGGCGCCUAUUUGGUGGCAGAUUCCUACGACUGAUGAGCGGCAACAGAGGCAUAGGACAAGUGUUGACAGGAAAUGCCUCCAUUGGACAGUGUCCAACAUCGGGUACAUCAAUCAACUUCGCUGUGCCAAGCGCAGAGAUUCUAUCAAAGUUCCAACCGUAUGGAGACUUCCCCAGCACUAUUGACCCUGGAUUUAUCGAACCUAUGGUAGCUAUGGCCAGCAAAGCACUUGAAGGGAAAUCAUGUUGCCUAUGUUUUGAUGGUAAAAAGCUUUCCCCAGGACUCACCCAAACCAGUGGAGAUGUGAACCUGCUUGGUCACGGACCAGAGCCUUCACUUGAACAGAGAAAAGAGGAUUUACACAAGGAUCUAGGAAAGGUACAGUCUUUGGUGGACCUUGUAAUCACAAUUCAGUCACGUUCAGAUAUCACAAUGAGUGACCAGUUGGAUGAGCAAUCAAAACAAAGGUUGUAUGAUGAGUUAUAUGACUUGUUUCUGCUGAUGGGCAUGAAAAGUGCUGAGGUGAGGCACCUGCAGAAGAAGAAAGGAUUUGCAUUACAGUCAUUCAAGUCCAGAGGUGGUGAUGACUGGAGGAAAUCAAAAUACAUCUAUGUCAUCAGUGCAUUGCACACAGUACUUCAUCAAAUGCAAGAGUACAGGUUUACAUGGACAACCGUCAGGGAGCAACUCUGCCAAUGGAUGGCCAUUUUAAAUGGUGGCAGCACUGACUUCAUGCCUGGAAGUGUGGUGAAUCUGACAGAGCAGUCCAACUACGUCAGCCUACAAGACAUUGAAGAGCUACAUAAACGACAUGGAGAACCUUUAAUUGAGACAAGAGAGAUUCCACAAGGAACAUCAGAAUGGCACACUAUCAGAUCUUCAGCAAGAGUGACAGGUAGCCAGCUCCACAAGGCACUUGGCUUAGAGUCAUUAAAAGCACAGAAGGAGUACUUUGAUCGUGCAGUCAAGAAAGCCGGCAACACGCCUUCCUUUUCUGAAGAACAGAAGAGAGCAAUGGCUCAUGGGGUUGAACAUGAAAUAGAUGCAGCAGCAACUUUGGCCACAAAGAUUCUUCCAGCACUCGAACCCAACUUGCUUGUGUAUGAAGAAGGCUGUAUCAUCAUGAAGCAGGAUGAUAAGCCGUUUCUAGUUGUUUCCCCAGACAGGAGCCUUAGAUCCUCACAGAACUGUACAGUGAGUGCUGUUGAGAUCAAGUGUCCAUAUACAGCAGAUGUACAUGACAACAUUCCAUUCAGGUACUUAAGUCAGCUACAUGCUGAAAUGGCAGCACUGCAGUGUCCUGUUCUACUGUACUUAUCUUACAAAGCAGACUGUACAAAUGUAUUUAAGGUUACUGCUAAUACAGGCCUAUGGGCAGACAUAUGGCAUGCAGCUGUCAGUCAAUAUGGCGGAAGUAACCCAGUAAAGCCCUCGCAUCUAACCCCUGAGUCAAAGUUACUAAAGAAAAUGCUGAAGGAGAAGGCUGAGGCAGUUGAGUUUCUUGGUGAGUUCCCGUCUGUAACUGAAUGGAGGCAACUACUUGUGCGGGACAAGAAUGGCAAUCCACUCACCCGUCUACAGCUGCAGAAAGACAUCUUGAAGGAGGUGUGUGGUCAGAAGAAAAGGGUACUUGUAGAAGACUUAAAAACCAUACAAGCACUAGAGUGGGUGGUAGAGAAAGAUGAACAAACAGGAAAAUCUGUCAUCAGAGUAAAGAUGCAAGACAACCUUCCCUUUCCCACCACAGCUACUUUGGGAUGGAAGACACAAAAGAGCAGCACAGCUCAGGAGUCAAGUGUCAUGGCCAACACUGCUGAUGACGACACUUCCCUCUUACCAAUGUUGGACACAUUACCACUGGAGACCCCUUCAGAUAAUGAGAAAGGUACAAGGGGUGCAGCCUGCAGUGCUUUUGAGGAGAUUUUUAAUGAGUUACAGAAUAGCGAUGCAGACGCUGACAAUGUUGACAUCCAAAAUGAGGAAGAGAUAGAGCAGAUGGACACUGAUGGAGGUGUGUAUGCAGAGCUUGACCAGACACAAAGAGAGGAAGUUGAUUCGGAACAAACACAUGAGGCAGAUCAGCCCAAGCAUCAACUAAGUGAAUCUGAAUACAGAGAAAUCCUGGAACAACUGAUGCAUGAUGAAAAGGCCAAUGUUGAUGGGCGAUGGAACAAUAAGAAUCUUGAAGACUUCAAAGGGAAAUUUUCCUCUGCUGCAGUACUUGACUCUUCCUUCCGAAAUGUUGAGCUGAACUGUAUAGUGGAGUGUUUGAAAUCAAGUGUACAACUACAAGCUUGUGAAGCAAUCAUGCGGAGCUGGCCCAAAUACAGGAAAGUAAAUGCAUUGUGUGAUAUUCUUGCAGAUGGUUCUCAUGUUGAAGUGAAGAGGAGGAGGACCAGAGUAAUGAUGCCAUUGUCUGUCCUAUGUGAAAAGGUACUCCUGUCAAAUCAGUACCCCAAGCAAGCACUCAAUGUCUCCCUGUCAGAGUAUAGAUAUGCUGUAAAGCAGAAAGAAUGGGAAGGAACAAGUGCUAUCAGCAAUGAUGUAAAAGUGGAAGGAACUAGUGAGCCUGCUGCAUGGUUCUACAAGCCAGAAUUCAGUACUGAAAGAUCCCAGCUUGAGGUAAGCUGCAUUGAUGGUGAUCAUCUUCUCACCAGGUGGAGAGCACAUUGUGCGAGAGGCAAUGUGAAAGGACUGAAAAGGGAUGCAUGGAUCCAAGUAGCCAAGGACAGAUCAACAAGCCUUAACAUCAGUAUGGUUGAAGACAUGCUAGAUGCUCAAAGUGUUCCCAUCGCAUGCAUAUUCUUUAGUAGUGAGGUUCAAGACAAGAUGGUGCAGCUGGGUUUUUCUACGGAAGCCCUCUUUGUCAGACAUAUCAGAGAAGGCCUGAUCGUGGCGCAUGAUCAGCCCGGCAUCUCUGCCGCAGAAAGAGCAAACAUGCGAUUCAGACUAAGAUCGUUCCUGAUGCAUGGAAUAAGCUUCCACACCUUUCCACCGCCAGGAAGGUACAUAUACAGUGCUGCGAUAGGAUAUCCUUGGCAAAUCUGGGAGGACACAGUUGCAUCAAUAGAAGCACACAUGAUUCUCUACCCGCUCGUAAAACAAGGCAGCUACAACCAGAGGGCAUUCUCCAGUUCCCUUUGCGAGCAGUUCUUCAGCGAGAUGACAGGGGACGACAAGACAGGGCACUGUGGCACACUGACAGCUGUAGAGCUCACUCGACACUUCGGCACUGUCUGUGAGAUACUUGCAACAAGGCUGGAUCCACAUCGCAAGUGGGACAUGAGAACCAAAAAAUCCUCAGUGUACCCAGUCGUGACUGCUGAUCCUGAACAUGGCAGCCCCACCAUGGAGAUGGAGCCAUGCCUUUCUCAAGACAAGAAACACAUACGUGAAAUCAAACCAAGGAAUCACAUGUUUGACACUCCACGAACAAGGAAAAGCCAUCGAAGGCAUGGGCAGAUUUCAGGACCGAAUGAGCCAUCCCGAGGAACACGUGGAGUUCGACAGCAUCAUCGUAUUGAUGAAAGCAAGAUGCUACCAUCAACAAGAGCUGGAAUCGAAAUUUAGGACCUGAUAUCCAUACUACUGUUUAGUUUUUCUUUUCCUAUGGUGUUUUACUCUGAGUGUUAUCACUUAGCAAUGUGCAGUAUAACUGGAAUGUUUGAAUAGUUUCAUUUGCUGUGGAACUUCAGAA